CAUGAUGCUGCACUCAUGAAUUUGGAAGUUAAGUUCUGGGUAUCACGCUUAUUUGGGAGUCAAUCCUUUUGAACUCAGUGUGUGGGACUCUUCCUUCGGAGUCAACACGCGGAGAUUGGCGCCUUUCUGCCUUCGAGUUGGCCUUUCAGUUCGGCACACCUCCACUUAGUAACUUUGCGAGCGACGCUUCUCUCAGACGCUUUCCCGCCUCCAGUGUGCUGGACUGGCUCCCUUACUCUGUCGCCGCCGCCGCCGCCGGCUGCUGCUGCUGCUAAGGAGCAAUUAGGGACGACGCUGCUGUUGGUCUCGCCUACACCGAGGCUCGAGCCAGGGGAGCCAGCACUCGCAGCACCACCGAGCGCUUCUUUUCGCAAGCCACCACAGUCAGACGGCAGGAGUAGCAGCCAUGAACGUGAGGCGAGUGGCCAGCAUUUCUGCGCAGCUGGAGGAAGCCAGCUCCACAGGCGGUUUCCUCUACGCCCAGAGCAGUACCAAACACAGCAUUAAAGAGCGGCUUAUGAAGCUCUUGCCUUGCUCAGCUGUCAAAACGACAUCUCCUGAUAUUCAAAGCAAUGUAGAAGAUGAAAUGGAAAUGGCCACCGUACGGCAUCGACCGGAAGCCCUGGAACUGCUGGAAGCACAGAGCAAAUUCACAAAGAAGGAACUUCAGAUCCUAUACAGAGGGUUCAAAAAUGAAUGUCCCAGUGGGAUUGUUAAUGAAGAUACCUUCAAAGAGAUUUACUCUCAGUUCUUCCCACAGGGAGAUUCCACAACAUACGCACAUUUUCUGUUCAAUGCAUUUGACACGGAUCACAGUGGAUGUGUAAGUUUUGAGGAUUUUGUUAUGGGCCUUUCAAUUUUGUUGCGGGGAACAGUGCAAGAAAAACUCAACUGGGCUUUUAAUCUGUAUGAUAUAAACAAAGAUGGCUAUAUAACUAAAGAGGAAAUGCUUGAUAUUAUGAAAGCUAUAUAUGAUAUGAUGGGGAAAUGCACUUAUCCUGUACUCAAAGAGGAUGCCCCAAGGCAACACGUGGAAACAUUUUUUCAGAAAAUGGACAAGAAUAAGGAUGGUGUAGUUACUGUAGAUGAAUUCAUUGAAAGCUGCCAAAAAGAUGAAAAUAUAAUGCAUUCCAUGCAGCUCUUUGAAAAUGUGAUUUAACCCCACGCACGUCUCUCUUCAAUUAAUGGACAAUAUGAACAAUUCUGCUGCAACAAAUCCAUAAAGCCGUUGCCACUUUUAUCAUAAACAGGAUUGCUCAGCUUAACACUGAGAUGUGUAUAAUGCAAAUAAGCUUUGUUUAAUUAAAGCCUUCCUACCGAGA